UGAGGGGUGCUGCCGGCAGCCGAGAGCAAGCGAGAGGAGCACGCCUUCGUGCCGAUGGAUUUCCAAGCCGGCAUCCUGCGGGAUGGCAGCCCCAUGGAGAGCCUGGAGAAGCAGCUCAUCUGCCCCAUCUGCCUGGAGAUGUUCAGCAAGCCGGUGGUGAUCCUGCCCUGCCAGCACAACCUCUGCCGCAAGUGCGCCAACGACGUCUUCCAGGCCGCCAACCCAUGCUGGCAGAGCCGGGGCAGCGUGAUUUCGGGGGGUCGUUUCCGGUGCCCGUCAUGCCGCCACGAGGUGCUGCUGGACCGUCACGGUGUCUACGGGCUGCAGAGGAACCUGCUGGUGGAGAACAUCAUCGAUAUCUACAAGCAGGAAUGCUCCAGCAGGCCACUGAAGAAGGGGGAGCACCCCAUGUGCAAGGAGCACGAGGACGAGCGGAUCAACAUCUACUGCGUCACCUGCGAGGUCCCCACCUGCUCCAUGUGCAAAGUCUUCGGUGCCCACAAGGACUGCGAGGUCGCCCCCCUGCAAACUGUCUUCCAGGGCCAGAAGACCGAGCUGAACAACUGCAUCUCCAUGCUGGUGGCGGGGAACGAUCGGAUCCAGACGAUCAUCUCCCAGCUGGAGGACUCGUGCCGGAGCACCGAGGAGAACAGCGAGGCGGCCAAGCAGGAGCUGUGCGCUCGCUUUGAUGCCUUGGCAGCGCUGCUGGAGGAGAAGAAGUCAGAGCUGCUGCAGCGCAUCACCCACGAGCAGGGUGACAAGACCGGCUUCGUCCAGGGCCUCAUCCACCGGUACAAGGAGCAGCUGGAGAAGUCAAGCCGGCUGGUGGAGACGGCCAUCCAGUCGAUGGAGGAGACCGGGGAGGCCACCUUCCUCAUGAACGCCAAGCAGCUCAUUAAAACGAUCGUGGAGGCCUCCAAGGGCGGCAGGCUGGAGAAGAUCGAGCACGGCUAUGAGAACAUGGACGCCUUCUCAGUGAGCCUGGACCACCUCGCCGAGGCGGUCCGUGCCUUGGACUUCAACCCUGGUAAUUCAGCCCCUGACCCCCCCAGUGCCCCUUUACCAACUCCCACCAUCCCGGUGGCCCCCAUCGCCUUUCCUGGUGGCCCCAUGGUGACGUUUGGCCACCUGUUUGCAGCUGAGGAAGACGAGGAGUACUUCGAUGGGGAGGAAGAAGAGGUGGAAGAGGAUGUGGCGCCCGAGAGGACGGUGAUGGGUAAGGGGCAGCACGGCCGAGCCCACCUCCCUGGGACCCUCAAGCACCUGUGGGGGAGCUUUGGGGGCUUGGACCCCCCUUGAUCCCCCCGUCCUCUCCCCCUGGCAGCUCCCCAGUAGCUGCAGUGACGUUGCCGGCGCAGGAGAAACGCCGCGGGCGCAGGAUGUCCGGCGAUGGGACUCGGGACGGGGGGGGGGGAACGUACCACGGGGGCUGGUGGCCUUGCGAGCUGGCGCCUGCUCCAGCACAGGACACUUUUCUAUACGGGUGCAAACAGGACAAUUCCGCACGUUUUAUAUCUUUUUUGUUUUGUAUAUAAUUGUCACAAAUUUGAAUUUUGUGUAUUUUAUAAAGAAAA